AGAUAGGCGUGACUUGAACAUUUGCAAUAUGAACUGAAUUCUUGCAUUUUUAUUUCUUGUUUUAUUCUUUGGUUUCGGACUUCAAUUAUAUGUGUAUAAAGUGUGUAAGACACCUAGGGUAUUGUGUCAAAUUAUGUGCGGAAAGAAUUUUAGAUUUAAACGUUGCUAAAAUGGAGUUAUUCUAUGAUGGUGAAAUAUUUAUUGAUGAAAACCAAUUAAAUCUAGAUUUAACGUUAUGCGGUGGGCAAAGUUUUCGUUGGAGGAGAGAUAUACAACAAGAAAAACAAUGGAAAGGCGUUGCAUAUGAAGUAUUUUGGAUAUUAACGCAAAGCAGUUCUUCAGUGAAGUACAAAGCUUAUCCUUUACAAACAAGUGUGCCAUUAAAGAUCUGCAACCAUAAGAGUUACUUUGAAAAUAUGUUACGAGAAUAUUUACGAAUUGACUUUGAUCUGUUGCUUCAUAUAGAACAAUGGAAAGCAGCACAUCAACAUUUUACAAAAAUGGAUUCUAAGUUAACAGCAGUGCGAGUUCUGAAGCAAGAGCCUUUCGAAAAUGUAGUAUCCUUUAUUUGCAGUCAAAACAAUCAUAUUGGAAGAAUUUCAUCUAUGGUACGUUGGAUUUGCACAAAAUAUGGCACGAAAAUUGGUCAUUUUGAUGGAGCAGAUGAAUACACUUUUCCUACAUUAAGCCAAUUAUUACUACACCAAAAUGAAUUGGAAUCGACGUUAAAAGAAGCUAAAUUUGGUUACAGAGCUAAAUAUAUAUCUCAAGCAGUUAAAAAGAUUCAUGAAAAUGGUGGUAAUAAUUAUUUAAAUGGAUUAAAAAGUAUACCGUAUUACGAAGCACGCUCAGAACUAUCAAAAAUAUCUGGAAUUGGUCUAAAAUGUGCAGAUUGUAUUUGUUUAAUGUCGUUAAAUCAUUUAGAAGCAGUUCCUAUCGAUGUUCAUAUGUUCAAGACAGCGAAGACCUCAUACAUGCCACAUUUAUCUACGUCUAAAACAAUGACAACAAAAAUUUAUAAUGAUAUUGCAAAUCAUUAUCGUUCCAUAUAUGGACCUUUCGCUGGAUGGGCUCAAGCAGUUUGUUCUUUUUUGCUCCAGUUUACAACAGUCUAAAGUCAAAGUUGGAAAUAAACUCACUAAAUCGAAAGUAAUAAAAGCAAAUAGAUAAUCU